UCUCAUCUCUGUCCCUCAUCCUCUCAUACCUCCCUCGCUUCCUGAUUCACCUGACACAAUAGACUUCCCCUCAGAGCAUCAGCCUGAAGAGAAAAGAGGUAGUGGGGGUGUACGGUUUCUUAACAACAAUGGAAAUUCAAUCAGGAAAUAGAGAGGAGGAGGCGAGUGUGACCUUGGGCUCCGUUUCUCAGAGUCCCUCUGGGCUACAGGUAGAAGCAUCAGAUGAUCCGGUGCUCAGAGAGGACCUACAGGCUACUAAGAGGAUUGAGAGGUUUGACAUCCCGCUCGAUAGCCUGAAGAGGAUGUUUGAGAAGCCCGCUGUAGCAAACACAGAAGUCCCAGCCAUCCACACCUCCCCAGCCAAAAGAGAAAGUAGUAGCCUCACUCACACUGACCUGUCAACAGAUCAUGCCAUGGACUCACCCCAGGAUGCUAGUAUUACUGCAGGCAGCGCAGGUAGACAUCCCAAGGAGAGGGCCCCGAGUGCUGAGGACCAGGAGGCCGAGUCGGUGUCGGUGAAAGAGCGGCUGGCAAUGUAUCAGGCUGCCAUGUCCAAGAAAGAAAGCAGCAGCUCCUCCUCUGCAGUGAUGAUGCAUGAGUCAGAGGCUUGUUCGCUGCCUGGAGGGCUGGCCAGUGUGAAGAGACAGUUUGAGAACCAGGAAUUUGCCUCCUCCUCCUCUCAGUCUACCAUCACACAGGUUCACUUCCAGCAGAGAUCUGAGAUGUCAAGCUCCUCUGAGGUGACAGCGAGAAGCAGUGCCAGAGAGCUUACCCCCACCACAGCUCUCUCUCGAGAAGAGGUGAGCCACAAUCAAAGAGUCCACCACAACGAUGCGGCUGCCAGUUAUGGGAACCAUUACAAUGAAACAGUUAUGCUUGUCAGAGGAGAGGACCUACCAAAGGUUUCCACUCAGGCUUUGAAGCAGCAGUAUGAAAAAACGAUUGAGGAAGCUGCACCAGCCAAGGAAAUUAAGGUUGAUGUGGAUUUUGACCAGUUUCAGUGGGCACCAGUGAACCAGUCCUCUAAAAAAUGUGCUAUGACAAGAUAUGAGGCUUCUUCCACUGUAAAGACAGCUACUGCUUCAUCAGUAGCAUCUGCUUCAACAGUGGCUUCUGAGGUGACAGACCAUUUCCCUCCUCCACCCGCAAACCUGCUGCAGGUGUCACAAAAAGUCCCAGACCACAUUGUCUCUCCUCAGCCUCAAGAGUCGACAUCUCAACAUAAGUAUACUAUUAACAGGGAACAGUACUUAAAACACAAGAGCAUGGCUGAAAUAAAGCGCCUCUACAAACACAUACACCCAGAGGUGCGCAAAAACCUUGAAGCUGACAUUUUAAGUCAGCUCAGUGAAGCAGAAAUGACAGAGUUGGAGAGCAAGGAAGGGGUGGGUGAUGUUCAGCAGGUGUGCUAUAUGUUUGAAAAUGAUGGCAACAGCUCCAGUAAGUGUUCGAGCCCUGACAGAGAAUACCUGGAGUGGGAUGAGAUCCUUAAAGGUGAAGUGCAGUCCAUGCGCUGGAUGUUUGAAAACAAGCCCUUAGAUACGAUUAAAGAUGAUACCCCUGAUGAGAAUGAUGAGAAGACUAUUGCCCAGCAGGAAAUCAUUGCUGGCAAAGACGUCAGAUACACAACUUGGAUGUUCGAGACGCAGCCUAUAGACACUCUGGGGGCAGAAACAUCCGAUACAACUGAGCACUCGCAAAAACAGAAUGAUCUAGCAAGAGGAGAUGUCCGUACUGCGACGUGGCUCUUUGAAACGCAACCGCUUGAUUAUCUGAAUAAGAUCUACCAAGAAGAUGAACAGGAGACAGAUGCUCGUGUGACUAAAGACAUUACUGGUGGAGAUGUGAAAACCGCCAGGUAUCUGUUUGAGACCCAGCAUCUGGAUUGCUUGGGUAAAACAGAAACCAUUGAGGAGAGUCACUUCCUCAACCUGAAGUCUGAGCUGGAAGAAAUUAAGGGCAAUGUGAAGACAACGACCCGCAUGUUUGACACACUGCCCAUGUGUGUCAUCAGAGGCGAUUCAGGAGAGAUGCUGGAAAUCACCACCAUUCGCAGAGAGGAGACAGAAAAAGGAGAUGUGAAGACAUCGCGUUGGAUGUUUGAAACCCAGCCGCUGGAUAUGAUCAACAGAGACCCUGCCAAAGUAAAGCUGAUAUGUGGGAUUUCCAUGGAGGAUAACAUUCAAGGUGGUGUGAACAAAGGUAGAUGGCUUUUCGAGACAAAGACUCUCGACAUGAUCAAGGAUGAAGAAUGGGAGAGCUCAAAGAAGGAAAAAGAUGAAAUAAUUGGAGCUGAUGUAAGGAAGCACUGUCUUGUUUUCGAGACUCAGCCUAUGGAUACUCUGAAAGAUAAUGCCAAUGCUCGACCUUUACCCUCUGAGGAGAUUGUAGGAGGUGAUGUUCAAUCAGCCAAACAUCUGUUUGAAACAGUACCAAUGGAAAAUCUGAAAGAGCUGCUUGAAGUGGGAAAACUUAAGAAAACAAUGGCAACAGAAGAAGAAAAGGGUGACGUGAGGCAUCAAAGGUGGGUGUUUGAAAGUCAGCCCUUGGAGAAUAUAAGGGAGGAGAAGAAGGAGAUUACAAGAACUGUGAAUAUUGAAGCGCUUGACAAAGGGGAUGUGACAAACUACAAAGAAAGGUUUGAAAGCAUGGAUUUAAGUAAAUGUGAGGGAAUGCAGAAAAUUCAGGUCGAAGGUGUCACAAGUGGCUAUGUCAAGUCCAACAGAGUUCUCUUUGAAUCGACCCCAUUGUAUGCUAUGCAAGACAGCUCUGGUCAUUACCAUGAGGUAAGGACUGUGAGGCGUGAGGAGAUUGUGAAAGGAGACGUUCGCAGUUGCAGAUGGAUGUUCGAGACCCGUCCUAUUGAUGAAUUUGAUGAAAGCAUUAGUAAGUUUCAGAUCAUAAAGGGCAUAUCUAAACAGGAAAUCGAGUCAGGGGAUGUCAAAACAGCCAAGUGGCUGUUUGAAACCCAACCACUUGACACCAUUAAAUUUUUCGGUAAUUUUGAGAAUGAAGAGAAUAAAACUGACAAAAGUAUUCAGAUUGAGAAAGGAGAUGUAAAGACUUGUAGGUGGCUAUUUGAAACUCAGCCAAUGGAUGUUUUGUAUGAAAAGAUGGAAAAGAGUGAGUCCGAUGUAGAAGAAGUGCAAAAAGGUGAUGUGAAAACAUGCACUUGGCUCUUUGAGACACAGACACUAGACAACAUACGAGAUCAUUCGGAGUCAGAGACCAUUCUGAAGACCUGCACUGUAAAGCAGGAGGACGUUCAGGGAAAAGACGUGCGGCUGGCUCGCUUCCUCUUUGAAACAGAGAAUCUGGAAAACAUCACUGGGGAGGACAGCAGCUCUUUCAGGAGAGUCACAGAAAUCGACAUCCAGUCCGGUGAUGUUUCCAGGAUGAAGUACAUUUUUGAAAAUCGCUCCUCUGACAUUAUGAGCUCCACCUCUGAGGAGACAAUGCAGAAGCUGAAGGCGCAGCAAGCUCAGGACCUCCAGAGGGGAAAUGUGGUCAACUGCACUUGGAAGUUCGAGAACCAGCCGAUUGAUGCGAUCCGUGAUGACAGCACUGAGGCAAGGGAAAUUCGCACUGUAACUGAUGUUCAGGGAGGUGAUGUUGACAAAGGCCGCUUUAUUUUUGAGACAUUCUCUCUGGAUCAAAUUAAAGAGGAGUCAACCGAGACUGAUAUUUCAAAACUCUCCAGUAUCUUUAGAGAUGAAAUAGAGAAAGGGGAUGUGAAAAAUUACACCAUGAUGUUUGAAACCCAGCCUCUCUAUGCCAUCUGUGACAAAGAAGGCCACUAUCACGAAGUAACUACAGUUACUAAAGAAGAAAUCAUGAGAGGAGAUGUGGUGGGGGCCCGAUGGCUGUUUGAGACAAAGCCUUUGGAUUCAAUCAGAGAUUCUGAGGAGGUGUAUGUUAUUAAAGCUGUGACUGAGGAAGGUAUCAGCAAAAAGGAUGUUAGCUCUGCCAGGUGGAGAUUUGAAACGCAACCUCUGGACGAAAUUACAGAGGAGAUAAAAGUGAGGUCAAAGACAGUUGAAGAUAUCCAAGGCGGCAAUGUGAAGAAAAAUAAGCAGCGUUUUGAGACUGAUGAGAUGUCUCAAAAGUACAUCAGAACUGUUAGCAUGAGUGAAAUCCAAAAAGGCGACGUUAGAGCUGCCACAUGGAUGUUUGAAACCCGCACGAUUGAUGAGAUACGCGGCGAUGGCGCCGAGUAUGAUGGCAUGGAAAGAGUGACAAAAGAGGAAGUAAUGAAAGGGGAUGUCAAGCAGUCUGUUUGGCUCUUUGAGAAGCAGCCGCUUGAUAGAAUCAAAGAGAGUGAUGGCACAGAUCUUGUUGUGAUAAAGGAGGAAAUCCCACAGGCUGAUGUGAAGACGACAACAUGGCUGUUUGAAAGCACUCCAUUUCAUGAAUUCAAUGAGAGCAAUGUGGAAAAGACAGAGAUAAUUGGUAAAAGUGUCAAAGAAACACUUGAGGAACUUUAUUCCCAGAAAAUGGUGGACUCACAGGGUAUUCUUAUUGAAGCGGAUGAGAUUGGGGAUGUCCGCAUGGCAAAGUAUAAACUCAUGAACCAGGAGACUCCUCAAAUCCAAAAAGAAGAGAUUAUUAGAGGGGAUCUGAGCAACAUAAUGAUGAACCUCCUGAACCGCAGGGAGACCACUGAAAAGGUCAUAACUAUCGACGAGGAGGAGCGUGGGGACAUCAACACCACUGUGAAGCAGCUAUUCAAUCAGGAAAGGGGAAUCAAUGUUGAGAAAGAAGAAAUUAUCCGUGGUGACAUUCAAGAGGCCAUGAGCAAUCUGCUCAAGAGGGAAGGCUCCUCCAAGCGUGGCAUUCUGAUUCAAGAGGAUGAGAAAGGAGACGUUAGGAUGACUAUCUACUCUCUUUUAAAUAAGGAGGAGAGGGCUGGCAUGGAAAAAGAGGAUAUCAUUCAAGGAAAUGUCAGUAAAACUCUUUAUCGCCUUCUCUCCAACUCAGAUGGCGAAGACUCUAAAAAGAUAAAGGUUUUAGACACAGAGCGGGGUAAUGUCAGCUUUUACUCCACAUGCAUUGAGUCCGGAGCUUUGGAUUACCUGAAGCAGCUGCAGUAUGAAUCAGAUGAACUCCAAGAAAAAGUCCAAAAAGAGCGCAUCAUAGGCGGUGACAUCGAGGAGACCAAAAUAUUGCUGCGGAAGAAUCAGCAAGAGAUCGGUCGCACAGUAACAGAGGAUGAUAUAGUUCCUGGUGAUGUACACAGCAUUGUUAAGGUUUUUAUGACAGAGCCUACUGUCACAUACAGAAACCUAGAGAAAAAGGACAUUGUUAAAGGCAACCUCAGCGCAGCUUUGGAUUCACUGACCCAAGCCAUCAAUCAGAAAGUGGUAAUAGAGAAGGAGGAGGUGGUAAAAGGAGACAUACCCACUACUUUGAAGUCUCUGGAGGAGGCCCAGAAUCAAGCCAAAGAAAUGGAAAAGCCUGAAAUCAUCAAGGGAGACAUAAGGGGUGCUCUCGAGUCACUGGAGAAAUCUGCGUCCAGCAAAACCGACGCAGCUGUUGAAGAUUUAGUGCCAGGUGAUAUUAAGGGCACCUUGAAGUCCCUUGAGGAGGCAAAGCAAGCUGUGAAAGAGGUGGAAAAAGAGGAGAUUGUUAAAGGAAAUAUCCACACAGCCAUGCAAAGUUUACAUGAGGCAUCAAGCGAGAAAAAGGUUUAUCAGCACCAAGUGAGCGAGCAAGGCGAUGUUAAAGCCACCAUCCAGCUCUUGCUGCAGCCAACAACGUCCCCAAGAAUGCAACGCAGAGGGAGCCAUGAAGGGGAUGUGAAAACAUCCAUUAAAUCGCUUUAUGAAGGACAGGAGAUGAUACAGGUGGAAAAAGAAGAUGUUGUGAAAGGUGAUGUUCAAGGGACAAUAAAGUGCCUAAUGCAAAAAAAGCAGUAUUCAAAACCCAAACGCAUGUAUCCUGCCAAGAAGGCAAAAGCGCCCAUGCAAAACACAUUAACUGUAAAACAAGAGAAGCAUGAAUGCGCACAUGAAGUUAAGAGUGAGAGUGUUGCAGUCAGUCCAGCCCCCGCUGUGAAAAACCUCUCUCUGAGUGGUGAGUCACAGAAGCACACACAGAGGCAGCAUGAAAACAAAUCGUUGAAAACACAGGUAAUAACCCAAGAGGACCGCUCUGUUACUGUAGCCAAAACAGACAAUCCUGCAGGGGCCUCUCAACUGAAGAGCACGAAAGAACAGAAACAGAAAAUACAGGCACCCAAGCCUGUUAUGAUAAAGAAUAAACAAAUGAUUAAUAAAGAUCAAACAGACGUGAGGGCUGCUGAUGUGUCGGUGGUGAAAGAGGAGCAAAGCACAUCACAGGCGAAUAUUUCAAACAGGCAAAUGUGUGAGGCAAAGACGAUCAAACAGGUGCACACUACAGUGACGGAGAAAACCGUUGUGCACAAGCAAAAUGUAACAGAGCAGGUGUCAAUGUCUCAAAAGCAAAUGGAAAAUAAGGCUCUCGUACAAAAACAGAACAUAAAGAAUAUGAAGCCAGUGAAGCCAGAGAUUCACUUUCCCCCUCCUCCCUCCUCGCCGCCUCCCCCAUCAGAGUCUGAGCUCUUCCUCCCUCCACCGCCUUCACCGGUGACUGAGAGCCCAACACCCCCCACGUUCCGGCCUUCGAUGAUGAGGCAAGACAGCGACCUCCCUCCCCCACCUCCGCCCCCUCCACCUCCUAUGGAAUGCAUAAAGUCUGAUCCUGAAUUUUUCCCUCUUCCUCCACCUCCUCCACCACCACCUUGUGUGAGCUCACAAGAUUUUCUCCCUCCACCUCCCUCACCACAGGAGCUUAAUGCAAUGCCGCAGCCUUCCCCUGCAAGGCCAGGGAAACCCAUUAGCAGACCUUUAUUCAAAGUGCCCAAGCAACCAGAACCACAGCAGCCCAUACAAGUUAAGCCCAAAUGGCAGAAAAAACAACCCACUCCUCCGCCGCCUCCACCUCAGUUUCCUCCUGAGCAAGAAAAAGCUGUGUCAACAGUCAAGAAAGUAGAAGCUAAAGUUAAGGAGGUGAAACAGGAAAUAACCCAACAGGUUGAAAUCAGCAAUCAGACUGAGUCAACAGCAGUGUCCCAGACAAAAGUAUCAAGCAUUCCAGUUGCGAAAUCAGUCCAAAAGCAAAGCCCACAGCCACCUAAAAAAGUAUUUGUUCCUCCUAUUAAACUGCCUCCAACUCCAGACCCUGAUUCAGCGCCCAAAGCUAGACCUUAUGCUUGCAAAUUUAAAACCCCACUCAUGUUUGCAGAGGAAAGGUACCGGCAACAAAGGCUGGAGAAGGAUGAAAUGGUGAGGAGUAAAGUGAAUACCCCCACUUCUCCCCCAAGUAAUAUUCAGUCAUUUGAUGCUAAUGCUCAGCAUCCUGCAGCAGAAAACACUGAGAAAAAAGUAGACAUAGCGACAAUAGAAAAGGCUGAAGAAGCUAAAACAGUUUCCAAAGAAGCAAUAGUGGUACAGGACACGCCUUCUAAGAAAGCCACUUCCCAGAUCCCUCUGAGCAAACCUUUGAUCUCAGUGAUAAAUAAGAAAGCAGCUGCUGGAUCUUCAAAUACUGCUUCUGUUUCUCGCGCUCACCAUGAGGUUUCACAAAAUGAAGUCCAGUCGUGCUCAAACUUGGCCACUUUUUCAAUCCAAGAGCAGCAGCAGAUUAUUAAGAAAUCCAGCACCAGGUCUGUUACUGCCACACAGGGAGCGGCCCAUGAAAAUGUAGAUCUUCAAGGCCAGGUCACAUUGAAAGCUGAAGAUGUAAGGAAUAUUAAUGUGCCUCUGACUCAGGUGGAGAAAAUUAGUCCCCCUCAACCCACUAAAAUUCCAAAGGUGACUCCAAGUUUCAAGUUAAAAACCUUUAAGAUGCCGGUGGAGAAGAAAGAAGAGAAAAGUGACACUUCGGGACAAAAGGAGGCAAAGAAAAGUGAAAUGAAUUUACAGCAAGAGAAAAGUAAUGCAUCACAGAAAAGUGAAACCAAAGUGAGUCUGGAAGGCAACCAGCUGAUUUCCAUGAGAACUGAGGUGAAAACAGAAGUGAAAGGAAAAGAGAAAAAAAGCCAGGUGACCCCACCUGUGAAAGAAGUUGAAGUAGACGUUCAUACAAGAAAGGGAAAGCAGGUGCAAAAACAUGAGACAGAAGUAAAACUGUCGCCAUCAGUUACUGUGUUAACACCCAAGGUGGCUAAGAUAACAUGUGAAGCAACCCAACAGGGACAAGGCCAUGUAGCUGUCUCCCACAGUCAGCAGAGCGUGAAGACAGAGGAGAUUCAAAGACACGAGGAGGUGGUUGUGACUCAGAGUGUGGUACAGCAAAGCCUUCAGAGGCAAGAGGCUGUUCAGAUGCAAAAACAGCAAAUGAAGCCGCAAGCAGCGGAGAUAAAUAAAACUCAGAUCAAGACAGGAAAGUCAAAAGGUGAGCCUAAGGAUGUGUCUGUGAAAGGGGCAGGCAAAAUUUCCCACAAAGAUGAGGCUUACCAUGAAGAUAUCACCAAUUUAGAGAAAUGCACUGUAACUCAUAAGCUGCUCACUCAAAUGAAAGAGCUGGAGGGCGCACCAAGCAAAAUAGACUCCAGCACUGUCAGGACGAUUAUAAGUGAAGUCCCUGACUGGAUAAUGGGCUCAGAUGAGAAGAAGAAUUUAAGUGAAAUUGCUAAGCAGCAAAGCAAGAAAAAGUUGAAAGAGAUGAUGGUUUAUGUCAAAAAUAUAAUUGAAGCAAAGCUCGGAUUUUUUGAGAAAAACCUGACAACAGUGGAAAAGGAGGAAAGAGAAGACAAAGAAAAACAGCCCGUGCCACCACCAGUGCCUCCAAGACCAGAGAAGAACGUUUUCGGUGGGGUGACUGCAAAGAUAUCAAAGACUAGCACUGGCUACUCCAGUGCUGAAAAGAAGGUGGUGGAAGAGAAAAAGUCCCUUCAGGGGAACAGAGUGCAUAAGGAGCUGAGUGAAGAAGCCGAUCACAGGGUGUCCUCUCCAUUAGCAAGCAUCCGCACUCCAUCGCCUACUUUUAUUAGUAUUGAGUCCAGGAGAGUUGACUCGCCACUCAGAGUGACACCUUCUCCUCCACCCUACAAAUCAAUCGGAACCCCGCCGCCGCAUUAUGGCAAGUCACAUACACCUACAUCUACCUUUAGCAGGGCCACACCUUCUCCCACAAUGAGUCGCUCAGAGAAGCUGCUGAAACUGGGGGAUGCCACAUCAAAGCUUUCUCACGUUAUCACCCUUCCUCCUCUCGUGCCAGUUCCCGAAUGUUUUGCCGCUGAAAUAGAGCGGUCAUCCCCAUUUAGCGACAGGGAGACCCUCAUCGAGAGAAACGAGCAUGGCUUGACGGAUGUCGCAGAAAUGGUGGAUUCCAUGAUGACAGUGAAGGAUAAAAAGUCUUUCUUUGAGGAGGCCCAGAGGGUGGAGGUUAACAAGAUGUACAUCCGGAAGGAUCCAAUAGAUAUCCCUGAGCGGUUGGGACCUGAUAGUGAGGAAGUCACUGAAACCGUGGCCAUAGAUAUUCUUAAAGAGGAUCUCCCUAGAGUUGACUUGUCAAAGCUCGUAAACAGAUUUGAGUCUCCGAAACCAAAAGUUUACACCAGAAAAGAUCCUAUUGUAAUAGCAGAGAGGCUGGGGAGUGACACAGAGGAAGCAGAGACCGAACCACAUGCACCAAGAACUGAAGACAUCCCCACACUUAACGUCAAAGCAAUCAAGGAUGUGUUUGAGACAGGAGAGCACAGUUCUCAAGCAGCCAGAGAGCUUAGAGAACAAAUAGAAAGAAGAGAACCUGAAGCAGCCUGCUCCGGGCAGGCGGGUCACUCUGAAGCGACAUCAGUCACUGAGCAAUUCUGCACCAUUGAUAACUUUGGAAAUAUGACAAGACAGAUGAGGAGCGAGGUGCAUUCUGGGAGCUCCCUGACCCGUGGUAACCCUCCGUCCUACGCAGACGUUGUGAGAGGAAGAGUUCCUACUGUUGCUGUGCCCCCUGAGGCCUCCUCCGAAGAACUGCUGAGAAACUUCCAGCAAUCAUGGGCUGAAAACCAAGGAGUUUUCCAGAACCUGGGCUUCAGUGUCACGGAGCAGAGGACUUCGCAGAUUAUAACACACCAGCAGCAGAGUGUUGUGACGGAAAAUUCGAAUUCCAGAGUCCGAACUGUGCAGGGCAUGUCGGAAGAGAGUGUACCCCAUGGAAUCUCUGAUUGCGGACAAACAAAACUUCCAUAAAAGCUGUUUUCGCUGUGAGCACUGCAAAGGCAAACUAAGCCUUGGCAACUACGCCUCUCUCCAUGGACGCAUGUACUGCAAGCCACACUACAAGCAACUGUUCAAGUCCAAAGGAAAUUAUGACGAAGGAUUUGGACAAAAACCACACAAAGAACUUUGGAAUAAUAAGAACACGCAGAAU